CACACGCACACCACCACGCCGUCUCCCUCCUCUUCUCUCCCUUCCUCCCCUCUUCCUGCGGCUAAAAAGCACCAAUUUCCCCCGCUCCCGGUCGGUCCCCUCGGAUUCCGCCCAUGCCGCCUUCCCGCCGAGAGCCCUAGCCCGCUCGCUGCUAACCCCUGGGGCACGCGCGCAAUCACUUGGGGUGGUGGUUCCGGCGAGCGAGCGAGCGAGCGAGCGGCGAGGAGGUAGCUCGCGCGCGCGCGCGCUAGAUCCCAUGGCUGGCGCCACCCCGCUGCGGGACUCCCUCCGCAGCCUCUGCGCCGACGUCGGUUGGUCCUACGCCGUCUUCUGGAGGGCCACCCGCGCCGCCGACUCCCCGCAGCUGCAAUUGGUGUGGGGGGAUGGGCACUGCGAACGGGAGGCCGGCGCGCCGGCGAUCUCUGGCUUCGAGGCCAUGGACCUGCUGCUCAAGGAGAAGGCCGCAGCACUGCGGGGCGGAGCCGGCCGUGGUGGUGGCGGAGGCGGCGGGGAGGGGCACGCACCCGAGGGCUCCGCGGGACACGGUCAGGACAGGGUGGACGAGCUCGUGCACAAGGCCAUGGCACAGCAGCUUCAUGUCGUGGGAAAAGGGGUGAUUGGUCAGGCUGCAGUGACGGGGUUGCACCGGUGGAUCCUUCACGACAGUCUUGAUGAGUGUGAGGAAGAAGAUGAGGUAUUGCUGGAGAUGAAGGACCAGUUUUGUGCAGGAAUACAGACAGUUGCAGUGAUCCCUGUCCUUCCUCAAGGCGUUAUUCAGCUUGGCUCCACAAAAAUGGUUAUGGAGGAAGCAUCAUUCGUAGACCAUGUCAGAUCUUUGUUUCAGCAACUGGGUAGUUCAAUUGCAGUUGUUCCGCAUGGUUCCUUUGUACAAGAUUCGGUUAUGAAGACUCCGUUUCACAAGUUACCUGGUGUGCCUACCUCUUCACUCUUGGAAAACCUUGCUGGUUCUGGAAAUACUUAUAAUGAUGACAUGAUUAACCACCAGUUUGGGCAUCAGAUAUCACCAGCCUCAACGAUUCAGUCAUUUAACUCUGUACAACAUUUCUAUACUGGGCCUACUUUCUGUCAUUCAGUAACCACUGCAUCACAUUGUCGUGGCUUCCGACCCGACCAUGGAAACACCUUUACUUUGAACAGCCAGUCAGAGAACAAUAAAUCAGCUGUUUUACCUAAAAAUAAUGUUUCACAUUCUGAAACAUCAAAUGAUGCCUUUUCACAUGCUUUUAACCCCCUCAAUGAACCCAACGUCUCCAUUUCAGUCAGAAGAGAGUGUAUAAGCAUAGAACAACAUGGUUCUUGCCGUAAUGGAAACAUGAAAAUAACAAAAGGCCGCACUGCUUCAAGUUGUACAGGUGAAACAAAUAUUCUCAAUAAGGUGGAUGAUUUGCAGAGUCAGGAUUGUCAGACAAGCAAUGCCACAUCUGUGAACACAAAAUUUCAGACAAUGUCCAUUGUUGAUAAUACAAAACUUCAGGAUGGUUCUUACACAAUUCCAGAUGCUGCAUUUGUUGACUCUACCCAAUAUCCAAGUUGCUUUCAAUCACUUCUUGGCAAUCUCCAUGGUAGUUCUACCACCAAUUCAAAUGUGAUUCAUGCGGAUACUUCUCAUAAUGCUGUCCCUGGAGAGAACAACUUUUGCCCUUUAGGAGAUAGGAAUGCCACCAAUUCAAGUGGGGUGCCUGAGCUUCUGGUAUCGCCAAUACCAUUAGGGUUGACUGGGGGAAAUGAUUUGUUUGAUGUACUGCAACUUCAGCAGAAGCCAAGUGGUUCAAAUGAUAGUGAACCAAACGAUCGUGAAUCAAUGCCUUAUGGUUCAGAGCAAGCUGUUAAGUCUCUGAUUGGAUGUGUGGAUGAUGAUUUCACUGGAUUGAUAACAGAAGCUGAUCCAGACCAACUCUUGGAUGCAAUAGUUUCAAAGAUAAUCACAGGGCACAGGCAGAAUGUGGACUCCAGUGCUUCAUGUAGUUCUUCAGUGGCAAGCUUUGACAGACCACUUCAUUCUGAUUGUCACCCAUAUACUAAAGGACUGUCAUCAGGGCAAAUGUUCUGCAACUUUACCAGUGUUUCUCCUGGAACAAUUAAAAGUGAAGUUCCUGCUGAAGGUUUGAGGCAAUCAUCUCCUAGCAUAGAUAAAUCUGAAGGAUGCUCUCAGACACAGCAAAGUUACAGAUCACAUAUAAGGCUCUGGGUUGAGAAUAACCACAAUGUGGGAUCAGAUAGUCUUUCAACUGGACAAGCAUCUGAUAGUCUUUCAGCAGGACAAUGUAAAAGGAGUGAUGAAAUCGGUAAAUCAAACCGGAAGAGAUCUAGACCAGGUGAGAGUGCAAGACCAAGGCCUAAAGAUCGCCAAAUGAUUCAAGACCGCAUAAAGGAGCUUCGUGAAAUAGUACCUAGCAGUGCGAAGUGUAGCAUUGAUGCUUUACUGGAGAAGACCAUUAAGCAUAUGCUUUUCUUGCAAAAUGUUGCAAAGCAUGCUGAUAAGUUGAAGGAAUCUGGGGAAUCAAAGAUUGUAAGUCAGGAGACUCAGGAAGAAGGCUUGCUCUUGAAAGAUAACUUUGAAGGUGGUGCCACAUGGGCCUUUGAAGUUGGUACGCGAUCCAUGACAUGUCCAAUUAUAGUAGAGGAUCUCAGCCCGCCCCGUCAAAUGCUUGUGGAGAUGCUUUGUAAAGAGAGAGGGAUCUUCUUGGAAAUAGCUGAUCAAAUUAGAGGAUUGGGGUUGACUAUCUUAAAAGGUGUGAUGGAAGUUCGUAAAGAUAAGAUUUGGGCACGCUUUGCUGUUGAGGCAAACAAGGAUGUAACUCGGAUGGAAAUAUUUCUCUCUCUUGUCCAUCUUCUGGAACCUAGCACUGGGAGCUCUAUUUUGUCAGCAGGUGUUGAGAAUAUUAGCCUGCCGCCCAAUGGUUUCUUUCCAUCGUCCAUUCCAGCCACUGGUUUCUCCAACUGCUUGUGACACGGAUGCACCAUACUUCAGCAAAUGGAGCGCUGUGAGUGGGUCAAGUUUCACCUGCCAUGACCUUUGCUCCCUGACUUCUUCUAGCUGCCAUAGAUUCAGCUAUCAGGCUCAUUAAUUUUGUUACCAUGCUGACUCCGGUAUCUUAUUGCCUGUCCCCACGGCUGACAUUGUUGCAAGUUACUGGUCAGUGGGGAAGAACUAUGUGUGCUUUCUCCUAACCUUAAACUACUUCGCAGCCGGUCUUUGCGAGGGAAGCUUUAGCGUAGGAAACUGUAUUGUUUUAGGCAGGCUCCAGGAGUGUAAGAAACGUAGUACAUAUAUGAUUAGAGAUUUAGAGUUAGGAUAGCAGCAGAUUUCUCUGCUAUUGUAAUAUCUGCAUUGGUUAAUUCUGAUGAAAAAUCGCAUAUGCCAUGUAGCCAAAUUGUUGUAUCGGUGCCCUUUUGGCUGUGUGGAUUUGGUUGUGUAUUUGCAGUUCGGCGUUUCUUCAAUGUUCAGCAAGUACCACCUGAUUACCUGAAUGAUAGUAGAAGUUAGAA